UCUUGCCCUUUCUUCUCGGUUUCAAACCUCGUUCGUGGGGUUUGUCAUUUGCGGGCUAAUUGGCACUCCAAGUCACUAAUGGUGCCAUUUCGCUUGAUCACGGUUUUGUCGGUUCGUCUUCAUUAUCUCAAUCAUUCAUAUACUCCAUCAGAUUCUGCCUCUCAGCGGAGUGGUAUAUAAACAGGCAAAGGUUAUCUUCCCUCGCCAUCCUCAGUUACAACAUUGCCUUCACGACUAAUCUGAUCUGACCUACUGCCGUAGGAUUUUUUGACAUUUCACACGAGCUGCAAUCAGACAUGGCAUCCCGUUUUACUCUACUUGCGUGCAUCGGCGCGCUGUUUGCCGGCGCCGCUACCGCUGUUCCGCCGGCAACAUUCGUCUUCGGCGACUCGCUCGUCGACGCCGGCAACAAUAACUACAUCGUCACGCUGUCCCGGGCGAAUUACGCCCCCAACGGCAUCGAUUUCAACGGCCACCAGCCCACCGGCCGGUACACCAACGGCCGGACCAUCAUCGACAUACUAGGGCAAGAGAUGGGGCUGGGAGGGUUUGUGCCGCCCUACAUGGACCCAAACACCACCGGCGACGUCCUGUUCGGAGGCGUCAACUACGCCUCCGGCGGCGGCGGCAUACUCAACCAGACCGGAAGCAUCUUCGGUGGGCGUAUAAACCUGGAUGCGCAGAUUGACAAAUACGCCAAGAACCGGCGCGACAUGAUGACACGGCGCGGGGAGGUGGCAGCGGUGAGCCGGCUGAGGGGCGCGCUCUUCUCGGUCACCAUGGGCUCCAAAGACUUCAUCAACAACUACCUGGCCCCCAUCCUCUCCGCGCCGGAGCGCGCCGUGACGCCCCCGGAGACCUUCAUCAACGGCAUGAUCGCCAAGUACCGGCAGCAGCUCAUCAGGCUGUACCUUCUGGACGCCCGUAAGAUCGUGGUGGUGAACGUGGGGCCGAUCGGCUGCAUCCCUUACCUGAGGGACAUCAUGACGACCGGGGCCGGAGCCGGGGCCGGGGCGUGCGCCGAGUUCCCGAACCAGCUGGCCCAGUCCUUCAACCGCAAGCUGCGCGCCGUGGUGACCGAGCUGGGCGCCGGCCUCGGCGGCUCGCGCUUCGUCUACGCCGACGUCUACCGCAUCGUCUCCGACAUCAUCGCCAACUACAAGUCGCACGGGUUCGAGGUGGCGGACUCGGCGUGCUGCUACGUGGGCGGGCGGUUCGGCGGGCUGGCGCCCUGCGCGCCCGCGUCGAGCUACUGCGCGGACAGGUCCAAGUACGUGUUCUGGGACGCGUAUCACCCCAGCGACGCCGCCAACGCGCUCAUAGCCAGCCGCAUCCUCGACGGCGACCCGGCGGAUAUCUCCCCUGUCAACGUGCGCCACCUGGUCUUGGACGAUGCUUAGCUUAGAAUCAUGCCUGCUGUAUCUCAAGAGGCUGUUUGCUUCCCUCAGUGUGACCGGCUAGAUAGAAAUCCAGGAAGAUAGCCCGCAGCCUGCGAGAACGACGACGGCGUCGGCGUGGACGGGCUCGCGCGCGUGCUCCUGGUAGUUGGACGACGCGUUGCAGGAAUGCGACCGUAGGUAGACAGGUCGCCCACACCCAUGAAAACAGUGGCAUACGCAGACGGCGGCGUGUAGGAAACGGGUAGUUAGCAGUCCACGAUGAUGUUGUUCCAUUGGUACAGGUCAAAUCCUGGAGUAGGCCGGCGUGGAUUGGUCGAGUCAGCCCGCAUCCCCAGUUCAAUUAUCAAGCCAAUGGUUUAGGUGUCAGAUACUAAGAGUUAUGCCGCAA